AUGGCUUCAAGUCAUUCAGCGGUGAACCCGGAAGUUACUGGACCAAGUCUCUCAGACUUUCCCGAGAGUAUUCGAAACAAGAUUGUUCUAGUUAAUAUUCCUGCGGUUGAAGUGCAAGCCCUCAUCGAAAAGGAAUGUCCUCCAAUGCUACAGAGGAUUGCACCCUAUGGUGUCAAUUGGAUGAGACAUGUCAUGUACAACACCAUCCCCAAGGAGAUCCGAGUCUACGCGUAUCUCCAUUAUGACAUGGCCCAGCCAGACUGGUACAAAAAGUAUGGCCCUGCGACUCUUCUGUCUCGUUACAACACCCACAGAAUUGAGCUGGAGCAGGAAGUAUCUGAGGAGCAGGCCCGCAGCAUGUUGAGGUUUUAUGCGCUCGUACAAUAUUAUGCCAAAGAAUUGACCGAAGACACAAUUCGGCGACAACAAGGAAAAAACCCUGAGUACGUUCUGAGAAACACUUCUAGAACUGAGAUGCUACGUGUCGAACGUGCCAUCUACAUACAUGACAUUCUAUUGCAGGCGAUGACCACCAUACCCCGCCACACCAUGACUCGUAAGGAGGCCAAUGCUCCCUGGAGGAGUUUCCUAGGAAAUUUCACCGGCUGGAUGCUAUAUCAAUUGAUUACCGUGACGAACCUCCUUCACAAAUACGAUGAGGCGAGGUGCAAAGCUGAUCAUGUAGAGCUGCAAUGCGCUCUCAACACUUUCUCUAAGGAAAACGACCGCAACUAUCUGAAGGCUGCUGGCAAUUCUAUACUUUCUUACACUUGGGCGAAGCUAGAAAACAGCGACCCCGAGUUCAACAAGCAGAAAUUUUCUCCAAAUACUGACCCGGCUAUCAAAAGGAUGUAUGAUCCAUUUGUGUUCAUCGAGGAGGAUAAUGGCCCACACCGUCUCUGGUACGAGAUCGCGGAGGAACGGCCUGCUAAUCCUGAUACGAUGAUGGGUCAAUUCUACAGCGGUUCUGGCCAUCCGCAAUACAUGCUCUUCAUGUGGGAUGAAGCCCGGCUGCGAGAAAUGGGAUACCUAUCGGGUGACGACAGUCCCUGA